CACACCAAUUCUAGUGGGUUCUUUUUCCUGGAGCCUUGAACCAUGAAGUGGAGCAUCUGGGUGUCACUGUUCAUGCUUCUUUGGGCAGGGCAGGGCUGGACAGACACGAGAACCAUUGGGGCAGAAGAAUGCAUCCCAAACUCACAGCCCUGGCAGGCUGGCCUUUUUUUCCUCACCCGUCUCUUCUGUGGGGCUACUCUGCUCAGUGACCGAUGGCUACUCACAGCUGCCCACUGCCGCAAACCGUACCUGUGGGUGCGACUUGGAGAACAUCAUUUGUGGCAAUGGGAAGGUCCAGAGCAGCUGUUCCGUGUCACUGAUUUUUUCCCCCAUCCAGGCUUCAACAGUGAUUUAAGAGCCCAUGAUCACAACCAUGAUCUCAUGCUGAUCCGCCUGAAGAGACCAGCCAGGUUGGAUUCAGCUGUGCAGCCCCUCAACAUCAGUGAGAAUUGUGCCAAACCUGGAACCACUUGUCUAAUCUCUGGCUGGGGGGCCAUCUCCAGUCCUGACGUUGAAUACCCGCUCACGCUUCAGUGCGCCAACAUCAGCGUCCUGGAGCCCCGCCUGUGCCAUAGAGCCUACCCUGGUCGGAUAUCUUCCAACAUGAUUUGUGCUGGUAUCUGGGAGGGUGGCCGAGGCUCCUGCCAGGGAGACUCUGGGGGCCCACUGGUCUGUAACGGUGCCCUAGCGGGCGUGGUGUCAGGGGGAGCCGAACCCUGUUCCAAGCCCAAGCGACCAGCAGUCUACACCAGCGUCUGCCGCUACCGGGACUGGAUCUACAAGACCAUUAAGGAGAACUCUACGUGAUUGGACUCCUCUAGGCCCCGCCCACUUGCGCUACUCCCCCAGGUCUUGCCUUCACGGGGGACACCCCUUUCGUGAUCCCGCCCACCGCGGAAAUGCCUCCCCAUGACGUCAGCAACUUGGCUCCACCUUCAGCCUUUGAUCCCACCCCUACCCCCUCAAGCCACGGAGCCCAGACCCUCCACGUGGCCUCUCCCCUUUGAGGGCCCACCCCCUUGAGGGCCCUCCCUACAGGCAAACAGCAUGCUCUGGGACUAUCCCCUUGGGACUACAAAGGGGAACUUGGGGACUCCAUGGUGUGGGCGGGGAAGAACUGUCCCCUCUUACCUUACCCCCUUUAAGGACACUAACCCUAAUAAGACUCGUCCUUCCGUUUUUUCAUUCUGAUAUGAAUCUUGGGGGGAGGGGGAAGAAGAGGAGAGGUCUGAGAAUCUCACAGCUAUAAAGCCCCUGAGCGGCUCUGUCAUCCAACCGAAACAUGAAGAAGAGUCCUUAGAUCAAGAGGUCAUCCACCCUGUCUGCUGAGGACCUCCAGGAAGGAAAACCUCCAAAACCUUCCAGGUGCUCCAUUCCACUUUGGGCCAGCUCUCAUUUUCCUGAUAUCAAGCCUAAACCAGCCCCUUUGCACCUUUUACUGGUUGUUCCUGGUCUUCUCUGGGGUAAAGAUAAAAAAUACAUUCCUCCUUCCAUGUGCCAGCCCCUCCAAAUCUGGAAGACAGCUAGCAUUCCCUACCACCUCCAUGAGUCUUCCCUUCCCAAGGUUGAACAUUCCCAGUUUCUCCCAUCCCUCCUGAUGUGGAAUGAACUGAAGGCUGUCUUCCAUCUUGGGCACCCUCUUCCGGAUUCCCUCCAGUUCAUAAUGUUCUUCCUAAAAUGUGGGCCCCAGAAGAGAAUACAGCACUCCAGAUGACCUGGACCAUCACUUCCCUGCUCCUGGACACUACAUCCCUCGAAGUAUAGUGGAGAGAUACUUCAAAUCUCUAUCCAGCACCUGCAUACGGGGUGUCUGGCACAUAUUUGACAUUUAAAUAAAUACUUGCUGAGUUUAAUUGAA